UUAUUUUCUCUUUCUAGUACUACCACCUUACUCCAACUAUAGCCAUGCAUUCAAGAAUGCCUUUAUUCCUUUGUAUCCUUGUUAUGCUCCUAUCCAUAUCUCAAUCCAAAGCCCAACCAAGUUUCUUAUACCAUUUCUGUAUGAAUCACAACGGUAAUUACACUGCUAACAGUACCUACCAGAACAACCUCAACACCCUUUUGUCUAACCUCUCUUCCAACACAAACAUUGACUAUGGCUUCUACAAUUUUUCUUAUGGCCAAGAUAGUGACAGAGUUAACGCAAUUGGUCUGUGCAGAGGAGAUGUUAAGCCAGAUGCUUGCCGCAGAUGCUUCAAUGAUUCCAGAGUCCUUCUCACACAAAUAUGUCCAAAUCGGAAAGAGGCAAUUGGGUGGUAUGACAACUGCAUGUUACGCUACUCCAACCGCUCAAUAUUCGACACCUUAGAAACUUCUCCUGGUUUCUACAAGAGUAAUGGUAAUAAUGCAACAGAUGUUGAUCAAUUCAAUGAAGUAUUGAGGAACUUGCUAGAAAGCCUCAUAAGCAAUGCUUCGCUAGGGGACUCCAAGCGUAAGUUUGCUGCAGCAAAUGUAUCAGGACCAGCCUUUCAAACUAUAUGGGGUCUUGUGCAGUGUACCCCUGACUUGUCAGAACAAGAAUGCAGUAAAUGCUUGGUCGGGGCAAUCUCAGAAAUUCCACAAUAUUUUGAUGGCAAGAUAGGUGGUAGAAUUGGAAGACCCAGUUGUAACUUCAGAUAUGAGAUAUACCCCUUCUACGACUCUACCAACGUUGUAAUACCACAAGCACCAGCACCGAAGGUGUCUGCUCUUCCUCCUUCGUCAAAAGAUGUCUCUUCCACAGAAGGAAAAAGCAACACAUCUCGAACUGUAAUAGCUAUAGUUGUGUCAAUUAUUGCCGUUGUCACACUAGUAGCCCUUAUUUGCAUCUAUUUAAGAAUAAGGAGGUCGCGGAAACAAAUUCUAGAAAAUGAUGAUGAAAUUGGAUCAGCAAAGACGUUACAAUUGGACUUUGCCACAAUUGUGGCUGCUACCAACAACUUUUCUGAUGCAAAUAAGCUGGGACAAGGAGGAUUUGGACCUGUUUACAAGGGUAUGCUCUCCAAUGACCAGGAAGUUGCAGUGAAAAGGUUGUCAAGGAAUUCCCUCCAAGGAGACAUAGAGUUCAAGAAUGAAGUGCUCUUAGUGGCCAAGCUUCAGCACCGAAAUUUAGUUAAGCUACUUGGAUUUUGUUUGGAAAGAAGAGAAAGGCUACUAGUGUAUGAAUUUGUUCCUAAUAAAAGCCUCGAUUUCUUCAUAUUUGAUCAAAUCAGACGUGGGCAAUUGGAUUGGGAAAAACGAUACAAAAUCAUAGGAGGCAUUGCUAGAGGCCUUCUAUACCUUCACGAGGAUUCACGAUUGAGGAUUAUUCACCGUGAUCUGAAAGCAAGUAAUAUUUUGUUGGAUGCAGAAAUGCAUCCUAAAAUAUCAGAUUUUGGUAUGGCAAGAUUAGUUGAAGUGGAUCAAACUCAGGAAAAUACAAAUAGAAUUGUUGGAACCUAUGGAUAUAUGGCUCCAGAGUAUGCCAUGCAUGGACAAUUUUCAGUAAAAUCUGAUGUUUUUAGUUUUGGUGUAUUGGUUCUAGAGAUUGUAAGUGGCCAGAAAAAUAGUUGGGCACGUAGAGGGGAGAAUGUAGGGGAUUUACUAACCUUUACUUGGCAAAACUGGAGGGAAGGGACAGCCUCAAACAUUGUUGAUCCAGCAAUCACUGAUGGUUCGAUAAAUGAAAUGAUGAGAUGUAUCCACAUUGCGUUGCUUUGUGUUCAGGAAAAUGCAGCUGAUAGACCAACCAUGACUUCUGUCGCACUUAUGCUUAACAGCUACUCUGUUACUCUUCCAUUGCCCUCACAACCUGCUUUCUCUAUUGAUAGCAGAAAUUUAUCAGUGAUUCAAUCAGAAGAGAAUGAUUCAGAGGCAGGAAGAUCAGAGGAAUCAAAUAUUCAAUCUCUCCAAGCUUCAGUAAAGGAGUCUUCGAUCACUAAGCCAUUUCCUCGCUAGCUAGAGUUUAUUCAUCAAAGUCACACUUGUAGACUUCAUUCUUCAUAGUUACCAAUUUCUUUUUUCUUUUUUUCUUUUUUAAAUUGUACCCAUUACCCGGAAUAAUCUGUGUAUCUUCUCCGAAUCUCCGGUGAGGAACUUUUAGUAAGAGAUUCACAAACGUAGUUGAAACGUAAUCAACAUCUUGGAAAUGAAAAUAGACAAAAUAAAACAUGUGUUAUUUUAAAAUGAUCA